AGCCGGGAUCGUCUGACGUCACUGAUAGGCCGCCAAGAUGGUUGUCAAUGUUGAUAAGUGGUUUGGUUACUUGUAAAGUCGGUGAUAACGUAGUGAGGAACUCGGAAGGGGUGCCGGGUUGGGCAGGCAGUAUGUCGUCAGGACAAUAGAGCAGCGAAGGGCUCGCUACGAGGAGGAAGUCAAGAAGAGGAAUGGCGGACGGUGAAGAGCCAGAGCAGGAGAUACGACGAGCCUUGGACGUCGUUCAAUCCAUGAUUGACAUCUCGGCCGAUCGGCUCGAGGGUUUGCGCACUCAGUGUUCCACUAGUGCCGAACUUACUCAGCAAGAAAUUCGAACUCUCGAGGGCAAACUCAUCAAGCUAUACUCCAAACAACUUGUCACAAAGGCAAAACUUUCAGUUGACUUACUGCCUGCUGAAAUGAGACAGUAUCCAUCACUGCAACAAUGGUUGAGAGUAGUAGGACUUAAUCAGGAAUCUAUACAGAUGGUAUGCUCGAAAGCACACUCCUUAGAGGCAUUGAAGGAAAAGUCUGAACAUGAAUUAGGAAGUAUGCUGGGUGAAAACAAUAUUCGCCAUGAAGAAGAAUUGCGAAGACUUUGUCGAGCUUUGCACAAUCUACGCCGUUAUAUGGAUGUCCUGCUACGUGGUGAUAUGGAUAACAGCGAGAUGAAUCUGUACUGGGAUUCCUGGGAUCGUCACCAUAUGCGUACUGGUCCAUCGCCAAGGCCAAUACGAUCUAGAGUAACACGUAGCUCAGUUCCUUCUGAAGAUAGCAUUCCGUACCACAACAACAACAACAACCUCAACGAUACAUUGGGCCAGGCAUCAUCGGUGAUGUCACUUUCAACUAGUCCACCAACUACACCUUUGCUCAUGAGACAAGUCGGUGUAAAAUUCCCCACAACCCCACCACCCGGCAAGAAACAUCAGAUUGGAUUGCAAAGUACAGUGUCGCAACCUGAAGUUUUUCCAUUGACCAAAUCUAAGUCGCACGAAUCCCAGCUGGCGAAUCGUCUUGAAAAUGGAGAAACAGCUUCCAGUGGUGGAAAUGAGCAUCAAGUUACUGGCAGAAGAAGCAGAUUACCUACAGAGCCUGGUUCUUGUAGCAGUACCGCAGAUAUUACAGGAGAGAGUCUCUUGCCAAACAGUAAUAGUCCUAUAAAGUCUCCACCAUAUUCCAGCGCAGACAGUGAUGACAACAGUUUUAAAGGAACUGUUACGAGUCUCCAGGUGCCAAAGUCUCCAAGGACUCCAACAGUGACUCGUGGCAUGGGUCAUAUAAUAGCUCAUCGAUUCACAAAGACUUUCAAGAUGAUGACUACUUGCGAUUACUGCGAUAAACAGAUGUUCAUUGGGACUGGCCUCAAGUGCAAGGAGUGCAAGUAUAAGUGUCACCGAGACUGCGAGUCAAAAGUACCACCUUCUUGUGGACUUCCUCAGGAACUUUUUGAUGAAUUUAAAAGGACUCUCCAAGCUGAUGGGAUGGUCAACGUUUCGCCCAUCCUAAGCAAGCCAGGCAUUACUUCGCCGAAUCAUCAUAAUUCUAACUUACUAACUUCAUUAAAUAGGAGAGAUCGCAAACGUUCUCAUCCACACGCUUCUAUGAACAUCCCAUUUCAGGGUGCAGAUUCUAGUUCAAAUACUUCGAGCUGUAAUAGCUCAACGCCUUCUAGUCCAGCUUUGCUUCCUACAAAUGCGACACAAACACCGCAGGCUUCUGUAAAGCAACAAUUUCACUUUCCAGAUGUCACCUUGAAUGACAAAGGAGUAACUUUGGAAACUCAUCGACUGGAAGGUACAACAGUAUCGAGUGACAGUGAAAGGACAGUCAGUAUUUCUGGAUCUGGUAGUGUCAGUACAGAUUCUGAAAGAACUCCAGUGCGAGUUGAUUCUCAGGAUUCACAAGUCUCAGAUGGAGAACCUGGUGAUAGUCGUUGGCCUAGACAGAACAGUUUAUCCAUGCGUGAGUGGGACAUUCCCUAUGAUGAACUCAAGAUUGGUGAACCUAUUGGUACCGGUCGAUUCGGUACAGUCUACAGAGGAAACUGGCACGGCGACGUAGCAAUCAAAGUAUUGAACAUGGACUAUUACCUGGAUGACGACAAAACCCUAGAAGCAUUCAAAUUAGAGGUGGCAACAUUCCGAAAAACCAGACACGAAAAUCUAGUUUUAUUUAUGGGAGCUUGCAUGAAGCCUCCUCGCUUGGCGAUAGUGACUAGUAUGAGCAAAGGCAUGACUCUCUACACUCACAUUCAUCUGCGUAAAGAUAAAUUUAAUAUGAAUAAGACCACUAUCAUCGCCCAACAGAUCUCUCAGGGAAUGGGAUAUCUCCACGCACGUGGAAUAGUCCAUAAGGAUCUCAAGAGUAAAAAUAUUUUUUUGGAGAACGGCAAAGUCGUUAUUACUGACUUUGGCCUAUUCAGCGUUACCAAACUCUGUUACGGGAACAGAAAAGGAAAUGGUCUCAGUAUACCACCUGGUUGGCUGUGCUAUUUAGCCCCGGAAAUAGUCAGACGUUUGAGACCUCAGCAAAAUCGUGAUCAGGAGGAACUUCCGUUUACGGAUGCUUCUGACGUUUAUGCAUUUGGAACUGUCUGGUAUGAGCUUCUAUGCGGCGAGUGGCCUUUCAAGGGCCAACCACCUGAGGCAAUUAUUUGGCAGGUGGGUAAAGGAAUGAAGCAAACCCUGGCUAAUCUACAGGCAUCCAGAGACGUCAAGGACAUAUUAAUGCUAUGUUGGUCCUAUCAUGCGGAGAAUCGACCUGAUUUUGCUAAAUUAUUGACCACCCUGGAUAAACUGCCGAGAAAGAGAUUGGCACGCAGUCCUUCACAUCCUAUUCAUCUUUCGCGCUCUGCUGAAUCUGUCUUCUGAGAUUCGUAGCUCAUCUAAAAAGCUAUUCACACUGUUCUCGUAGUGUACAUAUUAUAAAUACGUAUAUCGCUGUGCAGUUGUCGCCCGAUCUUUGUUCGUGAAAGGUCUAAUAAAAAUAGCUAAUUGGUCCGAG